GAUUCGCGAUAGAAUACUUUGUUAAUCAGGAAAAAUAUUUUUCUUUAAUUCUAUUUCAUAUAAAUGCAGCAUUUUGUAUAGGAAUGUUUAUAAUAGUAUCAACAGGAACAAUAUUAAUUGUACACAUUCAACUUCUUUGUGGAAUGUUUAGAAUCUCCAGUAAUUAUCGCAUUAAACAUACAAUGGAAAUUAACAUGAAAAACGUUAGUGCAAAAAAUGAAAAUCUUAUAUUUGAAGGACUAAUUUGUGCCAUAGAUAUUCAUCGGCAAGCUAUGAAAUUGUCCGAAAAUAUGAUAAACAAAUUUGAGAAUACAAUGCUUUCUUUAAUAGUAUUUGGAAUAAUUUCUUUGAAUCUCAAUCUCUUACGAAUUGGUUUAUCUCAAAAUAAUAUCAAAGAGUUUGUAUUUCCCUUUUUCUUCGUAACAGUUUGUAUUUUAUACAUGUUCUUAGGCAACUAUAGUAGGCAAAACAUCAUAGAUCAUAAUAAUGACAUAUUUGUUGUUGCUUACAGCGUUCAAUGGUAUGCGGCUCCUUUAUAUAUACAAAAAAUGAUAUUCUUUCUACUGCAAAGAAGCGCCAAAAAUUUCUUUUUAAAUCUUGGUAAACUGUUCGUUGUAUCGCUGGAAUGUUUUGCUACUCUGAUAAGACUUCAGUAUCUUAUUCUACUGUUAUAUAUUCAACGCGAUAAAGAAAGAAGGAAACUAAAUCAAAAAGUAUAGUAUGUGUAUAAUUAAUGAAAAAUUAAAACGUAACGAUAAAAAAAUAAAAAUUAUUUAAUACAAGAUAUUAAUUUCUCAGAUUUCUAUAAGAUGGAAAUGAACAUAAUGUAUAAACGUGCCAUUUUUCAUAAAUAUACUAAAUAUAAUAAAUAUAAAUUU